GUCGACCUUAUCUGCCACUUGCCAGUCGCAAGUGUCAGUCUCUGCCUUUCGCUAUUCUACACAGCUAGCUAUAGACGCUUCUAAAGUCUCUGUCUGUUAGAAGAUGGCUUCAAUGAUGAAGAGAAUCCUCCGUGACGCUGUCCACCACAAGGAGAUUCUGCCUCUUCUUGGUCUGGUCACUCUUGCCAGUACUGCGGGAGUCGGUUUGCUCGUUAGAGCGGCUUUUAAAAACCCAGACGUUGUGUUGAACCAUAAGACAAAUCCACACCCUUGGCUCCAGGUCAAGCCUAAUGAAGUGUAUCGACUUCUGCCUCUUGACCAGGCCAGUGAUGUGCCUCCCAAGUACUGAGAGAGAAACGAGUAGCAAGUCAGUACAACAACUGGUAUCAAAAACAGUUUGAUUAUAUAUAGAAAUCCUAGACACAAGAUAGGCUAUCUGGUUUAAUUAAUUAAAUUAAUUUCUUUUGCUGCAUAUAGUACUACUACUAUAUGUAAAAACUAGUAGUGAAAUUGAUCAGUCAUCAUGUAAAAAUUAUGUAGAAACAUUGAUAAAACAAUGCAAGUAACA